AAGAUUGUCCCCCUUUUAUAGUUCCUGUAUGUAUGGUUCCGUCUAAACAGGGGCCACUGGCUCCCGUCUUCCACAGACAACAUGGAGUCUCGCCAUGGGAUUAUGAAAGCUUUCCCCAAAGUUAAAAGGGCCAAAAUGCUACCAGCAAGGGAUGCACCCCCACUAAAGAAGAAACCCGACGAGUGUGAUAUCACAGGAAACACUUUUAAUGGAGUUACAGUUUACCUUCUACCUGCUGGAAUAGGAAAUGCCAGAUGCCAGAUCUUCCAAAGACAAAUUCAGCAGAAUGGAGGACAGACGGACAGUUCCCUGUCUCCCAGUGUCACUCAUGUUGUCGUGGAUGACAACAUGGACUGUGACAGGGCUCUGCGCCUGCUGAAAGUGGAUUGUAUGCCCCCUGGAGUCCAACUGGUUAAAUGCACUUGGCUGAGUUUGUGUAUCAGUGAGAAGGAACUGCUGGAUGAAGCCAACUACAGUCUUUUUUCAGUCAAGAGUGACUCUGAAACAAAGCAUGAAAAUAUUAAGGAAGAGCCGGCAACUAUCAAACCUGCUGCUGAAACUAUUGUACGGCCAGAGACUGAUCAAGCCAAGCAAGAGGAGACCAUAGAUGCGACUCAGGCAGAUGCAGACAGCAAAGAGGAAGUGCAAGGAGAAGAAGACGGCGUCUCUCAGAAUGACCUGGAGGCUCUCAUCACUGGCCAGCACCCCAAAGAGGAGACUCCUGGACCGAGCCUCUGUUCUAGUCCGGACACUGCUGCUCAGAAGCCGAUCUCAGGGAAGUGGGUUUGUGCUCAGUCGUCUCAGUCCAAAAGUAAUAACUUCAACAAGCACAUCACAGACAAACUUGAAGUGCUGGCCAAAGCUUACACACAUCAGGGGGACAAGUGGAGGGCACUGGGCUACUCCAAGGCUGUCAACGCACUGAAGAGCUACCACAAGCCUGUUACAUCAUAUCAGGAAGCUUGUCAGAUCCAAGGAAUAGGAAAACGCAUGGCUGACAAAAUUGAUGAGAUAAUGGAGAGUGGUCAUUUGCGUAAACUUGAUCACAUUGGGGAGGCCGUGCCAGUGUUGGAGCUUUUCAACAAUAUCUGGGGUGCAGGAGCUAAAACUGCACAAAUGUGGUACCAGCAGGGAUUUCGCACUUUGGAUGACAUCCGCACGAAAGCCCAUCUGAGCAGCACACAGAAAAUAGGACUGAAGCACUACGAUGACUUUCUGGACCGAAUGCCCAGAGAGGAAGCAGCAGCCAUAGAGAAAGUGGUGAGGGAUGCCGCACAGACCAUAGACCCAGCCCUGGUAGCGAUGGCAUGUGGCUCCUACCGUCGGGGAAAGGCCACAUGUGGAGAUGUUGACGUACUCAUAACUCACCCUGACGGAAAGUCCCACAAGGGCGUUUUCAGCAAAAUCUUGCACAGCCUCCAUGACAGUGGAUUCUUGACCGAUGACCUGGUGAGCCACGAAGAGAAUGGCGAGCAGAAGAAAUACAUGGGUGUGUGCCGUUUGCCAGGACCGGACCAGCGCCACCGCAGGCUGGAUGUCAUCGUUGUGCCCUACAAUGAGUUUGCGUGCGCUCUCAUGUAUUUUACGGGGUCGGCACACUUCAACCGCUCAAUGAGAGCCCUGGCAAAGACAAAAAGAAUGAGCUUAUCAGAGCACUCGCUCAACAAAGAUGUGGUACGUCAAGGUAGUGUCAAGGUGCAUGGUGGGACUCCACUCCCUACACCAACGGAGAAGGAUGUUUUUAAUCUUUUAGGGAUACCAUUCAGACUGCCUCAUGAAAGGGACUGGUGAUGAUUUGAUCAUCACAAUGCCUUUUCUGUCUGAUUAUAUAGCAAGUAAUCAUGAUGCUGAUGAACUAUGAAACUGCUAUUAUACUGUAUGAACUACUUUUAAGGACAUGUUGUUGCUUCAGCAAACAUGUAAGAGCCCUGUUUCACUUGAAUGCUAAUUUUAGAUUUUGCAGACUAAAGUACAAGGGUCACGGAGACACCAAAACAAAUUACUUAUCGCUAGUUUGAUCUGUCCCUUAAGACUAUUUUAUGUGAUAUGUGAGCAGGCUUUGUAACUUCACCUCCAAAAAACUUCUGCUGCAACUCCAAUAAUCACAGCUAAUGGCAUUUUGCUGUAGUGCUUUUAAAAUGGCAUUUUCUAUCUUUUUGGUUUAAACUAUUUGGGGAAAAUUACAGAAUAUUGCAAUUGGAUUUGUCAUAUAAUUUUAAAAGUCAAGCUUCAGUUCAGUAGAUUUAAAACAAGUGAUGAAACAUUCCCCACAUGACAUACUGUCAAAGGCCUGACUGUAACACAAGGCAUAACAUGACAUUUUAAACCCUGAAUUAGACGUGCUGCAAAAUGUAUGAGGUGUGGCUAUGAAAUAUAGUGACUGGACUGAUUGAAGUCAGUCUCCAGCUUGGAUGUUUGAACCAUGCUUGUUACUUUAAUCAGUGGGCAUGUAGAAGCAAAUUGCUGAAUUAUUUACUAGACACACCUUAUGUAUCCUAAAAUACAGCUUUUUUGAUUUGCUAAUUUAGUUGUUUCAAUUUUUAAAUUGAUUGAUUCUCCCUAUUCUGUUUGGUUGGAACGGAUAAUCAUGUAGAAGGCAGUUGCCAAAUACCCAGGAGCAUUUCUAAAAUACAGCUGUCUGUAAACGGUGACACAAUGAAAGACUGGCAACAGGAGUUUCAGAGGUUGAUAUCUCAAAACACUAGCAAGUGAAUUGAAACUGUUCUUUUAAUGUGUCCUUUUAAACAUGUUAAUGUGGGAUGUAUAAGUAUAUUUUAAUAAAGGCAACUAAUAAGAAAAUA